AUGGGUCGUAUCCCUGCUCCCCCCAGUCCUAUUGCCGAAUCAACCCCCAAAUCACCUGAACCCUUAACCUCGUCACCCCCGGGACCGUGGCAGUCGCGCGUUGAGCGUAUGACUUAUUUUUAUGACCUCGCACGAAAAUAUACGGGUGAAGCUUUCGCGAAGCAAGCCGAACGGUAUAACCUCGGACGGAAAGAUCUCGCGUUCGCGGUCGGAGACCUGGUUCUACGAAAACAUCGCCCCCUCUCCCAUGCCGCUACCCAUUUCACCGCAAAGUUAGCCCCUAAAUACGAUGGCCCCUACCUCGUCUUAAACGUAUCACCGAAAAUGCUAAGGAUGAAAAGGACUCCCCUCUUCGGGAGAGGGCCAUAUCGUGCCCCAGUGGGGGAGGUAACCCCCAAAACGCCACCACACACCCAGGAAUGGUGGGAGAUGGAGGAGAUGCUCCGUCAAGCCCGGAUGGAGACGGACCAGUACCGCCAAUACGGACACCCACCGGUCAGGAGCCCCCCCAGGACGAGGACGUCGGAGACGUCCACUUACCAGACCCCGGAGACGUCGACCAGGGAAGACUCGGAGGAGCUCUCCCUUCCCCCCUCACCAGUUCCCUCCCUGGACAUCCCCACCCCUCGCUCACUCUCCCCCAUAGAAUAUCCCCAUUUCCAACCCACCUCGUCAGAAGACGAGGUCGCCCCCGAAAAAUCCCCACUCUCCCCCUCACCAACCCCGGAGACCUUGAGCCCAUCGCCAACCGGCUCCGAUCCCGAAAUCCCUGAUUUCCCCCUACAACUUUCACCCCUCAGACGUCCACCCACCCCUCGAAUCUCCCUCAUGAGCCUCCACACCCCCUCCACUUCCUCACACACCCCCCAAAAUCAACCCCCAAAACCCAUCCCUGCUCUGAUGUCCCUUCACAUCCCUCGACCCGCAAACCUCCCUCCCAGCUCUGUCCCUUCAUCACCCAAACCCUCUAUCAAUCGCUCCCACAAACCCUCUCCCAAGCGUUCCCAUUACGUGAGGCGAGCCCCUGGAUUCCCCCAAUUAGCCCCCAUCCCCAAACACUCCCCCCUCCUUUUCACCGGUUGCUGGAAGUGCAACGGCGCCCACCAGGCAAGUAUCUGCCCCAUCGGUGCCCGCCGUUGUUACUUCUGUGGCCGGUGGGGGGAGGAUGUUCGCUCCUGCCCCGACUGCAGGCUCCUCCCUUGA